AUGCGAAUAUCAAUCGCUGCCCUAUAUCUGCUUUCAGCCAUUGGUGCUUUGGCUCAACCGGCAAAUCCAGUGGGACAUGCCAUCACAGCGCGACAGGAUGGUCCUGGCACGACUCUUCAAUCUGGUUGGUACUGGAUCCGCGCGGUCGUUGCGCCCAAUUUCCACAAGUAUCUCCAAACCACACCCACGAACAAACCGGGUACUGCGGUUCUCGAGUCGUAUACGACCGCAGGCCAGUACAGCGUUCAAGAUGGACAGUUGGUCGCGAACACCGGUGCUGGUUCCUCCCCUUUUUAUCUUAAUGUCGAGAAACCGGUAGAUCUUAAGCAGCGCACGCUUGCUACAUGGUUCAACACGACCAAGAACACGUUUGGCACUUUCGCAUUCCAAGGCGACGCAUUGACGUGGAGUACGCCUGAGAUACAGAGGCAAAAUCUCGCUGCCUGGCUCGUUUGCGCGCAACAGAAGCUUUACAUCAACACAGGGGCUUAUGGCUACCAGACGCCGAGCGGGUGUGCAGACCAAACAGUUGGUGCCGACUCAAAUACACUACUAUAA